UCGUGACGCAGCCGGGCUGAGCGCGGCCCGUCCCGCGCCCGGCGCUCAGGGCCCGCACCGGGGGAGAGCGGGCGGGGCGCGCCGGGGCCGUGAGGGGCUGUGUCCGGGCCCGUCCGCGCCGCUCGGGGCUCCCCGUGGGUCUGCGGGUGACGAGGGGCGUGUCGGGUCUGGAAGGGUGAACAACAGGGAACAUUUCAUAGAGGGAGGGACUCAUAGGGAUGAAAGUCCAGCUCCUGGCCCUGCACAGGACACCCCAAGAGUCACCCCACUCAAGUGCCUGAGAGCAUUGUCCGAACGCUUCUUGAACUCUCUCAAGCUUGGUGCUGUCACCACUUCCCUGGGGAGAAUGUUGCCGUGCUCGACCACCCCCGGGGUGAAACUUUUCCAGUUCUGCGGGCACCCUCGCAGGUGUUUUCCAGGCUCUUCCGUGCUGGGUUUUAGGUGCUGAGCUGCGCAGGCCCGCAGGAGGCACGGUGCUCCCUCAGGGCUCGGAGGAGCGCAAGGCUGGGACAUCCGGGAGGAGAUGUCCUGGAAGCAGAGACUCUACAAGUGAAUGAGAACUUCUCUCUACAGAACUGAGGUGAAGAACUUCACCAUGGGUCAACAGAUUUCAAACCACACACAAACUGUAAUUAACAAGUUGCCAGAAAAAGUAGCAAAGCAUGCCUCUUUGGUUCAAGAAAGUGGUUUCCUAACCUAUGAAGAGUUUCUGGGAAGAGUAGCUGAACUUAAUGAUAUUACUGCAAAAUUGGCUUCUGGACAAGACAAACAUCUGUUAUUUGAAGUGCAGCCUGGGUCUGAUUCUUCUGCUUUCUGGAAGGUGAUCGUUAGGAUAAUAUGUACCAAAAUAAAUAAAACAAGUGGCAUCGUGGAAGCUUCCAGAAUCUUGAACUUAUAUCAGUUCACUCAACUUUAUAAAGACAUCACCAGUCAAGCAGCAGGAGUUCUUGCACAGAGUGAUACUUCUGAAGAAGCUGCUGAGAGCUGGACGUCUCUGAGUUCGUGUCAGGCCAGCUUGUGGAUGGGAAGGGUUAAACAGCUGACAGAUGAAGAGGAAUGUUGCAUCUGCAUGGAUGGGCGUGCUGAUUUAAUCCUGCCAUGUGCUCACAGUUUCUGCCAGAAAUGCAUUGAUAAAUGGAGUGACCGCCACAGAAACUGUCCUGUGUGCCGCCGGCAGGUGACAGGGGCAGGAGAUUCCUGGGUGGUGUCAGAGGCCCCUACAGAAGAUGACAUUGCCACUUACAUCCUUAACAUGGUGGAUGAGGCAGGGCAGCCCCACAGACCCUGACCCUGCCCACCAGGCUCAUCAUGGCACAACCACUUGAAGCUUUUGUUUUACCUCUUCUCACCGUUCUUCCACAGUCUGUCCUUUCCCACUCCUUGGAUGCUGUGAGUCUGCGCUGCUCUCCUAAAGCACAGGGUAUCUGAGCAAGGUUCUGUGUGUGCAGUCUUCAUUAUUAAACUGUUCUUUCAGCAACUCUUUGAUCAUUAGCACGGUUUACUUUAACAACAGUGUUUGGUAUUAAUUAACAGUUCAACUACUCGAUGAAGCAACUUGUAACAGCACAACUACAACUGCAAACUGCUGUUUGAGCAUCACAGUCUACUGCUGCAGAGAUGAACCAUGGCAGAUGGCUUGACCUCACAGUUCCUACCCUUAAAAGCAGUCCCUUAUUCACAACUAAUGUGGAUAAAGAUGAUGAGUUAGCACUAGUUGUUAUUAAUUUGAAAUUUUACUCUUGAAACUUGAAGAUGUCCCACUGCCUGUUCUUCAGUAGGAAGUUAAUGCUGCUCUUAGUGUUUACAGAUGCUUAAUCUGAUUUGUUAAGACUUUUAGUAUUAAUUAUUUUAAAUCUGUUUCAGAGAGUGUAGGCAGGUCUGUAAAUGUACUUGUGCACUUCCCUUAUUCUUCUAACAAGACUUAUCUCUUAGAAUAUUUUUUAAAAUAUUAUAUUUAGCAUAGUCUUAUUAGCUUGGAAAUGUUAAACAGUUUUUGUACACAAUCCUAAAAGCAGUAAAUCAGCUUGUCAGUAGCUUUUGAUAAAGAACAGAAAUUAUUUCUAAACAUUGGGCAUAUAUGAAGAGAAUGCCUUUAUUUGAAUUAGCUCUUAAAUGUGUAGUUUAGUUUGAUGCUGUGGUUUUAUUUGCUGCUCUUGAGUUUUUGAAGUGAUGAGACCAGAGUUAAAAGGUAUAUGAAGAGUUACAAGUGAUAGACUAAGUAAGGGUGCUCUACUUUCUAUCUACAAGUGCAAUAUGCUUUUAUGUAGCAGAGGGAAACUUCUUUAACAGUAAAGUGGCUUGGAGUGAGAUGUGCAUGUGACAGCUUGGAAAAGGGAUAUCACAACUGGAGUGCAGCAGUAUUUUAUGUCUAGCAGAAUAAAGUCUUUAAAGAGCUGGGUUUAGACAGUCUAAAACUGUUAGUAUUUGGGAAACCCAUCUUGAGCCUCUUGUGCAUAAAUAGUGUUAUGGAAAUGGAUGGCUACUGUAGAGAAUUAAUUUAUAAAUAUAUAUAUAUAUCUUAACAAAUACUACUUUUUUGCACUCAGUAACCUCAAGUUAAAACAUUUAAGUGUAGCAUUUGAGAGAAUAUCAGCAUAAAUCUUGCUUACUGUGAGACUCCAUUUCUCCUUACCAUACCUGUUAAAAUUCCAUUGAUGCCAUAAGGCUUAAGUCCUUUUGUCACAGACAGGUUCUGAACUAAAAGGCAUGUGCACAUGUAGAUAUGCACAUUAAGGUUAUUUUCCUUAAUUGGCUACAAAAUAACUUAAUUACAUCAAUUUGUUGAAGAAUGUGCAUAGCAUAUGGCACCCAUUUGAGCUUGGCUUGUGACACCAUUGUCAAAUGUAUCAUAGGUUUUAAGACAGAGAAGCAACACACCCUUUAUGUGUCUGUCAUCUGAGAGCCAGUAUGGCUUAGUGUGUAAAUCUGUAUUUAGCUGUGGAAAUACCCUUUUAGGAGUGUAUAUAGAUGAGAAAUCCUUUAUUUAUUUUUUUUUCCUCCUUUCUUAAGCCACUGAUAGCAAUGAGAUAUUCUUCAGUAAAUGUAUGGAGUGUUUGGUUGCAUAAAGGUAGUUAUUGUUUGGGCUGGAAAUUGUUAUUGGGCCAGGAUUUCCCCACUAAAACAUAGGCAAAUAUUCCUAAUCAUGCACCAGUUUGGUUUCUUUUUGCUUUUUGAGCUUGCAUUAGUCCAUGUUCAAAACUUUCAAAUAACCUUUGAAUUUUUAAAACUUUUUAUAUCACUGGAACAGAAAGAACAUCUAAAUGAAAGCUUCAAGCUAACUUUAUUUUUCAAGUACAAGAACUAUACUUCUGAACUGAGAUUUUAUAAUUUGACUUUCUGCUGAGAACUUACAUGAACUUCUUAAAAUGUAAUUUUAUAAUGAUGCAAACAGGUUGUUAAUUGCAGCAUAAUGACAAUUACAAUAUAAGCUAAUGCAAAAAUUAUUUAAAUAGUGAAAAAGUAAACUUUGUAUUCUGUACAGCUUUUUUAAAUUAAGUUGCUGUAAUUCACACUGCUGUGAUGUAGAUACUGUAAUGUGUGCCUUGUAAAAUAUAUGUACUGUACGUUAUAUGGAGAAAUAGAUACUUUAACACUGAAAAACUAGUAAUUUGGUACUGGUUGGUAUUACUUAGACUGAAGUGCAACAUUUAGCAAACAAUUUUGGAAAAGGAAUCAAUUGGAAUCCAUUGCCAUGGAUAUGGCAAUGAGUUCCAGAAGCUAGAUCUUGAAAAUGUGAAUUACUGCAAAUAGCUGUUGGUGAGGGGCAUUAGAACAAAUUAACUUUCUUGUGUUAAGUCAACAUUUCUUACAGGUUUAAUGUGAAAUUGUAACUUAAACAUUAGAGAUGGUUUUAAUAGCUAAGAACAUUCCACAUAUUAAACUUUGUGUAUGAAUUGUGCAAUAAAGUUACUUUGGAAGAAAUGUCA